AUGCUCAAUUGGCUGUCUAAUGCUAGCCACCUCCGAUAUCUUGAUCUCCGCAAGUGCUAUUCUGGACUUCAUGUGGAGCAACUGCAAGUUUCUUUUAGUGCUCUUCCUAAUUUAAAGAAAUUAGAAAUAGCAAGCAAUCUCAUCAAGGGAGAAAUUUCUGGAAUUCUAAGUAAUAUCAGCACCAGACUGCAGUAUUUGGAUUUGAGCGGCAAUGAAGUUAGCGGAGAAAUUGCAGAUAUCUUGUGGAAUCUUAGGCACUUGGAGUACCUCAAUUUAGAUUCUACCUAUGUGAGGGGGUACUUACCACAUGUCAUGGAGAAUCUCACAAGGAUAAGACACUUGAGUGUAUCAAAUACUCAUAUAGCAGGACAUAUUCCAGAAACAGUGGGGAAACUUGUCAAUUUGAGGUUUCUUGAUUUGUCACACAACAAUGUCACUGGAGUGAUACCAUGGAGCAUGGGAAACCUUACAAACUUGGUAGUCUUAUAUUUGGGGAAGAGCAACCUGACAGGAUCAAUCCCAGAAACUUUUGGUAAUCUCACUAAUUUGGAGUUGUUAUUUCUAUAUGACAGUAAUGUUUCUGGACAGGUACCAGAAUCCAUUGGCAAACUUCAAAAAUUACGUGCUUUAAAUCUUGAAAAUAAUUUACUUAUUGGUCAGAUACCUGAGUCGAUUGGUGGGCUCUAUAACUUAGAAAUUUUGAACAUACCCGAAAACAACCUAAUAGGGCAGAUACCUGAGUCGAUAGGUGGACUCGCUAACUUAGAAAUUUUGGAUAUAUCCGAAAACAACCUACUAGGGCAGAUACCCAGGACUUUUGGUAAUCUCUGCAACUUGAUCGAUCUUGACUUAUCACACAACAGUAUUGGAAGUGAACUAACGGAUUUGAUUGAUGACUUGUCCAAUUGUACACAAGGCUCUCUCCUAAGAGUCUUAUAUCUUGAUGGCAACAAUUUGAGUGGUUUGAUCCCUCCAAGUGUAGGCCAAUUACAUCAACUAGAGGAACUCUCGCUACCUCACAACUCAUUUCAGCGUCUAACUGGAAGUCAUCUCCAGGGUAACCUUCCUCCUUUCUUUUGCAGUAUGAAACUCCAAGUCCUCGACUUAUCUUCCAAUGAAUUGUCUGGUGAAGUACCAAAAUGCCCUGAUCAAUUUCCUACCUCUCUAGUCUCUCUCCACUUGAAUGAUAAUUCUCUCUCUGGAACUUUUCCAACCUUCUUAAAGAAUUCUAAAGAGUUGGUAAUUCUUGAUCUCGGUGAAAAUAAAUUUUCUGGAGAAAUACCAAUGUGGAUAGCACAGAGCCUUGCAUCAUUGAAGAUUCUUCGCUUGCACUCAAACUUACUUCAUGGUACUAUCCCCACAGCCAUAGCAAGUAUCAAGUCCCUCCAACUUUUGGAUCUUUCUUCAAACCGUCUUCAUGGUAAUAUACCUUCGUCUCUUGGCAAUCUCAGUGCAAUGGCUGUAAUUUUUUCAUCAGAUUCUUUAUACCAUGACUCACAUUAUGAUGAGACAUUAAUAAUAACAGCGAAAGGUUCUUCCUACGAAUACACUGAUGAGCUCCGAUUGGUGCGAAGCAUGGACCUGUCAAAUAACAAUCUUUCUGGUGAAAUUCCAAAUGAGCUGACAGAUCUUCUUGGAUUGCAUUUUCUUAACUUAUCCAUGAAUCAUUUCACUGGGAGGAUUCCGGAAAAGAUAGGCGGCAUGUCUCAGUUAGAAUCUUUGGACUUAUCCAUGAACAAUCUCACAGGAGAGGUUCCUGCGAGCUUAUCUGCUCUUUCUUUCUUGGGGUAUUUGAAUCUGUCCUACAAUAACUUGUCAGGAAGAAUCCCAGAAAGCACACAGUUGUCAACCUUCAACGCCUCAAUCUAUGCUGGUAACGAAGGUCUAUGCGGAUCACCACUGCCACAGUGCUCAAGUCAUGCAACUUUUCAGGUUCCAUCUGAACAAACACAGGCAGACAAGAUUGGACGUGUGAUACAAUACAGCAGCAUUACAAUCGGAUUUAUUGUUGGCUUUUGGGGUUUCAUUGGAAUCAUGAUCCUGAAAAAAGAAGUUAGGGUCUCUCUCUUCCAAUGGCUGGACAAGACCUGCGAUCAUAUUUAUGUUCAGUUGGCACUAAAGCUCAAGAAGGUGAAGCCACUACAUGAAGAGGAAAACUAG